AUGGAUCUUCAUGGCCUGUUGAGCUUCUACUUUCUACUUCUUUUGGUGGCACAACCCCAUCCAGGUAAUGGCGCCUCUAGCCGUGGUUCAAUAUUUGGCCAACGACGAACGCCUGCUCAAGAGAUUGGUACGUGCGCAACUACAGUGGUUAAACAAGGUUACCCGUGCCAGGAGUUCUACGUGACAACCAAAGAUGUUUAUAUUCUUAAUAUGCAAAGAAUUCCUGAAGGGCGCGUUGCCAAUGGUGAGAAGAAGCAGCCAGUCUUGUUACAACACGGGAUCUUUGCGGAUGGAAUGACAUGGUUUACAAAUCAACCCCAACAAAAUCUACCAAUGAUUUUGGCUGAUAAUGGGUUUGAUGUUUGGAUUGCUAACACUAGAGGAACUAGAUUUAGCCGACGCCACGCCUUCCUUGAUCCCAACACUAAGGAAUACUGGGAUUGGUCAUGGGAUGAACUGGCAGCCAAUGAUCUACCAGCUUUUGUUGAUUUCAUAUACAGUCAAACAUGCCUAAAAGUUCAUUACGUGGGACAUUCACUGGGAACUCUUACUGCUUUGGCAUCUUUCUCUCAAGGGUUAGUGGUGGACAAGGUGAAAUCAGCAGUCUUGUUAAGCCCCAUAGCUUACCUGAGCCGCGUCAGAUCUAUUCUUCUCAAUGUUGCUGCUAACACUUUUCUUGGAGAGGCUACUGGGUUGAUUGGAAUAGCAGAGUUCAAGCCAAAAGGGGAUCCUGCUGUUGAUAGUUUUCUCAGGUCAAUUUGCACUUCUACUGGGCUUAACUGCAAUGAUUUAAUAACAUCACUUAGCGGAUUUAAUUGUUGUCUCAAUGCUUCAGCGAUCAAUAACUACCCAGAAAAUGAGCCUCAAUCAACAUCAACAAAAAAUCUGAUACACCUCUCACAGAUUAUUCGAACUAAGGUGAUCGCAAAGUUUGAUGGGCUUCUGCUGUAUAAUCUGAGGCGUUACGGAGCAUUCAGACCACCUGUUUAUAAUGUGGCCAACCUUCCAAGAGACCUUCCUCUGUUUUUGGGCCAUGGAGGCAAUGAUGCGAUUUCUGAUGUUGAAGAUGUUCAAUAUUUAAUUAGUAUUCUGAAAUAUCAUCUUGGAGAUAACCUAAAAUCUCUGUUUGUAAAAGAUUACGGACACUUUGAUUUCAUUAGGGCUGUAAAUGCCAAGGAUCUUGUUUAUAAUGAAGUUGUAGACUUCUUUAAAAGUCAGAAGUAG